CCACAGCGGGUGAACGUUGUCUUUCGCCUCCCCACUGUUAAAAAUUGCUCAAACAUUAUUUUGCUAUCGGAGUGUGCAGUGACCGGCAGCGAUAUAUCAGCGCUCGGUCAACUAGAUUUUUUACCUCGACGUUUUUUUUUUUGGCGCGCGUCCGUGCUUCUUUCCCCUCGUGAUUGACAAAAGGCUUUGUGUUAAACUCCAAGCUUCGAAAGCGAGGAAAGUUGGCGAAAAUGGCGAACAGAAUAGCUUGGAUUUGUUGUUUAGCGUUAUUUCUUGGUCUUGUCAGUAGAGUAACAUCGAACUGUGCUUCUGUAAAGACAGAGUACGCUCGAAAGGGUCUUGCAGAGAUCGACGUUCCCGCUACACCAGUCUCGGGGUCCGCUUUGAAUGUGUGCCCGAAAGUUGACGGCUGCUGCAGUCAAAAGAUGGAAGGCAGUUUCGUCAGUCUUUCCAGAACACAGUUUGAAACUGCUCUCAGAGCGGCAACGAGCGACUUAAAGUCUACGUUCGCUAAUAACGCAAGAACUUUUGACGGUUUCUUUAGAGAGCUUAUAAAGAACUCUGAAAUUGAGCUGAACAAGCUGUACAUAAAAACAUACGGUGUAUUCUACCAGAAGAACGCUCAAGUAUUCGUUGACCUAUUCCAAGAACUCAACAAGUACUAUGACGGGAAAAACAUGGACCUCUCACAAGUCAUGAAUAACUUCUUUGCCAAUCUGAUGAAACAGAUGUUCCAGCUCAUGAACACUAAAUACACCUUUUCGAAACCUUUCCUUGAUUGUGUGACCGAGUACAUGGACGAUCUUCAGCCGUUUGGGGAACAGAAAAACACACUAUCCGUGCAACUGAAAAGAUCAUUUGUCACAGCGCGCACGUUCGCACAGGCUCUAAGCGUUGGUCACAGCGUGAUUAAACAACUUCAGACCCUUUCAGCUUCCAAAGACUGCCAAGUUGAACUUGCAAAAAUGACCUAUUGCUCAUGGUGCAAAGGAAAAACGGACAUGAAACCGUGCAAUGCGUUGUGUACCGAUGUUUACAAGAGCUGUUUGUCCGAUAUGAGAGACCUUGCCAUCCCUUGGGAUAACUUCGUUUCCACUCUACUAGAAGCCACCAUACAACUUGAGGGACCUUUUAGCAUCGAGAACGUCAUUGUUCCCAUUGGAGUUAAGAUCUCAUUUGCUAUUAUGAACUACCAAGAGAAGAAUACAGUCGUUUCCCAAAAGAUCUUCAGUGGUUGUGGAACCCCGACUCUAAGCAAAUCCAAACGAUCAACGGACGGCGACUUUUUCCUAGAAGGUUCCGAGAGAAACAAGCGAUCCCCUAAUGCCAGGAAAACCAACGACUUCCCUCGGGACAGCCCGGACCUUGCGCCCACCACGGCCUCUGGGACAAGCCUAGGAAGACUAACAGCAGCAUUCAAGAGGCAAGCACUUGCCAGCAAAGGUUUCUGGGGGAAACUACCAACCGCUGCUUGCAGUGGCUCCGAUAUUUCGACUGAUCCAAUUAAAUGCUGGAAUGGAACGGACUUCGGAAGAUACACUAGUCCUCCUGGUGUGAACAACAACGUGGACGCGAUCACGCCAUCUAGUACGAUCGUCCAACAGCAGAUUAUAAUCCUUAAGACCAUGACACAGCGCCUCAAGGCCGCUCUGGAAGGCGAGGAAAUCCUCGAGGGCAAUGGUGGCAGCGGCAGUGGUAGCGGUAGCGGCAGCGGAGACAACAGCGGUAACGAAAUCGACGAGGGCACCACCCUAAGGCCUACAACUAACCCCAAUACCAUCGACGAGGAAAAUAACAUGUUGGGCGGCGGGAAGGGACAGGGCGGGAACACGCUCGGCAAGAGAGAAAGCGGAAACAGUGCGUCAAGACCGUCGCCAGCCGGCGCCGUUUUAUUAGCUGUCAUUCUCUGCUUCGUUGUCAACAUCCGGUGGUAGAGAACCCGGAUCGCCUCGCUUUGAAUAUCUGACGUCAGAUCCUGGCGUAUGACAUCACAUACUCACGCUUCGUGUGUCGUUUUGGGUCGUGACGUCACUGAAAGGUCGGCGCAACAUGACGUCAUUUCGUCUUGACGCCACUUCAUGACGUGACGAGCUUGUUACGUAACCUCAUGAAUUCCCUACGCACGACGAACAGAUGAAGGUAUACGCAGCAUUUGUAAAUAUAAUACUUUGUGGAAAUGGACAUUUUUUGCCAUCAGAAAAACUAAAUAAAUUAGGAUUAAGCUUCCGUCUUUACAUACAAAUAGCCUUUACUGGUCUCACUUUUGUCUCGUGACUACAUAGUUGUAAAGACCUGAACUAGGGUAAGAUUAUUUUCACGACGGCCUCGCAAAUACUUGUGUGUACAGACUUUCCUUAUUUACAACAUAAACCCAUUUUUAUUGUUAUUUUGGAUAUAUAUUUUUUAUUGGAACUUAUCUUUAGUAUUUUAGGGGUUGGAAGAGAACUCUGUACAAGUAUGCGAGGGGAUUUCUUAGCAUGCGGAAAAGCGCGCGAAACCGCUGAACAAUACGCGCGCACGAUAAUAGGGGAAUUUCCAAAGGAACCAAAUGCUAUUGAGCAACAAACAGCGCCAAAUUAUUUUUUGAAAAGCAUCUGAAUAUAAUACAAAAUACCAGGGAAUAUAUGCCCUUGUAUUUAGAACGUUUUUAAUCUGUUACCAUAAAGUCAUUUGUUUGUAAAGUCGCCAGCAUGGAUGGCUUGUGUUAAUAGGUUUUAAAAGUUUGAUCAUUUUAUAUGGAGUUUAUUCGGAGAUGGUUACGAUCCCACAGGGCUUCACGACAAUAAACGCGUAAUCCAUGCGCUCAUAGGUAACUGGAAUGUAAUAUAUUAAUAUUAAACGAAAUUAAGUUAUA